UGGACUAAUUUCAGUGGAGCUAUCAUCUGUGGAGCCAGUGGCUGCGUUAUUUUGAUCUUCGUAAUUUUUUUCAAAAGUUUCGUAAGAAAUAAACACCGGAGCCCGGGGUAUAGCUGGAGAUGUCCGGACAAUAUUUUGCAAUAAUACAAUGUCGGACUGGUAUUGGAAGGUCGUAGCUUUAAAAGCGGCUUUCGUGUUAACUUGUUUUGUUUCUUAUCUGCGUGCCGAUGAUAAUAUACAGAAGUUACCGUUUUGUAAUCCUCACAAUAAUGCGAACGGCGGACCAGUCAACCACGAUUUGGUGCUAGUUAGUACCUUAGAUGGUAAGCUAACAGCAUUCUCAACUGACAAUGGCAUUAAAGCAUGGGACCUAGAAACACAACCAUUACUGUCAUCCAAUUUACAUCAUGUCGAGCUCACAGCAGGCGGUAAAUGGGUGCGUCUGGUGCCCUCUCUCCGCGGAACACUGUACAGCCUCAGCGGAGAAACCAUUGAACCGUUACCGUUUGAUGCUGAACAACUUCUUUCCGCCUCAUUUAAGUACUCCGAUGACUUGGUCAUAGCUGGGGCAAGAGAGACCAACUGGCUCGGUCUGGACGCGUCGUCGGGGUCCAUAAUAUACGAGUGUGGUUCGAGCGGGUGCAACAGCGAGCAACAGACAGCUGGCGCGGGCCGAGACAUCCUAGUGUUGAGGCGACACUCUAACACUGUGAGGGCAUUGGAUCCGCGCAGUGGGAACGAAAAAUGGAACUUCAGCGUGGCCGAGCACCAGCUGGCAUUAAGCCGGCGGGAGUGCGCGGGCGGCGCGACCGGUCCUCCGCCGGCCGUGGCUGUGGGCGUGGCUUUACCUGAGGGCGUGGUCGCCGUCCGCCGCCCGGGCGACGCGCGACUACUGUGGAGGCAGAAGCUAGAAGCCCCAGUGGCAGGCAUGUGGCGUCUACAAGGCGGUUCAUUACAACACAUCGACGUUCUAUGGGAGGCGGCUCAGUCGUUAGUAGACAACGCGCCCGCCGCGCCGCCUUCACUGUAUAUCGGUGUGCAUGACAGACAGCUAUACAUCCAAGAAAGCGUCUUCUACGCUCAGAAACUUGAGACAUCAGUAUCAGCCAAGCCAGUGCCGUGGAAACUGAAGCACUCGCGGCCUCUGCUGGACGGACAGGAAACUGCGCUGUCGGUGCAGGACCCCGAACCUAACACGCUGUCCCUGAUCACCCUGUAUGGCACCACUGAGCCUACGGGCAACCACGGCUUCUUCCUCUACCUCCAAGAGACGUGCGACCAAGCAGUCCAAGUGUCCGAAGAAUCCAUCGACGGCCCGGACAUAGUCCUGCCCACACCGGACGAGGAUCACGAACAUCAUCAUAUACACGUGCACGUGUAUUCUCUAUGGUUCUGGUGGAAGGAAGUGCUGCUGAUAGCAGUCAGUUCGGCAUUGCUGAUGAAUCUGAUGAUAUGGCCGAGGUUCUUCGCUCCGAAGCUGAGGCCAAGCACGCCACUGCCUGUUAACCAUCAGGAGAACAUAAUAGUAGAGCGGUACUACGAGCGGCCUCCACCGACUCCCCCCACUCAAGAAUACUCGGGGCGAUAUGAGAACGAUUUCACCCCGCUGCGCUGCCUCGGCCGAGGCGGCUUCGGCGUGGUGUUCGAAGCAAGGAACAAUAUCGACCACUGCUCGUAUGCUGUGAAGAGGAUCACGCUGCCUAAAAGGGAAUCGAAGCGCGAGCGUGUCUUGCGCGAAGUUCGCGCGUUAGCCAAGCUGGAGCACGAAAAUAUCGUGCGCUACUUCAACGCCUGGCUCGAGGAGCCGCCGCCGCUGUGGCAGGAGCAGCGAGACGCUGUCUGGAUGAGAGAACUGGACGGAGUCUCCGUAGCCAUGACAGAUGAGUGUACCGCCACGUCACCGCCUAACAAAAGCAGCCACACUAAGCGGGACAGUGUUCGGUUGGAACUACAGAAGUCUAUUGACGAUUGCGUGGACGCGCUUGACUAUGAGAAGCGGCUGGCUGAUCUGCCUAAGAGAAACAGAUCGCUAAGCUGCAACGACUCUUUCAGCAUAGUAUUCGAAGACAACGUCUCCAAACAUUCCCAAAACUCACACCACUCGUCCCGGAAUUCCCACCAUUCGUCCCAUAAUUCAACCCACCACUCCACCCCUACAUCCCCCAAACAUAGCAGCCACGAUUUUAAUAUCAGCACAACGCCCGACCUAUCCAAAAACCUGGGAGAUUACGCAACCACCGAUCUGUCAAAGAACAUCACUAGCGGGGAUUUUGGGGUGAAAAAUGUACCCCAAAUUGCAAGUGGGGACAAUGACGAUUCAUUUAUUGUGUUCGCACAUUCCGAAAACCCGAAGUCUGGACAGAGCGAAGCGAGAAAAGAAUCUUCGGUGGACAAAAGACUAGAGAGGGUGAAAGAGAUUGAUGGAUUCACUAAGACUGACAGCACUAGUAGUAAAAAUAAAAAGAAGGGCCACAGGCGACACUGGUCAUUAGACUUGUGCGUCCGCACAGAGCCGGCCGCUAGCAAGAUGUACCUCUACAUCCAGAUGCAGCUGUGUCUCCGCGACAGCCUGCACGACUGGCUGCGGCUCAACCGCACGCCCGCCUCGCGCGGGGACAAGGUCAAAGUCCUCUUCAGCCAGAUAGUAUCGGCCGUGGAAUACGUCCACCUAGCGGGUCUCAUCCACCGCGACCUCAAGCCCAGCAAUAUCUUCUUCGCGCCCGACGGGAGGGUCAAAGUGGGCGACUUCGGACUGGUGACCGCCAUGAAUGACAGCUCGCAAGAUGGCGGCCCGACUGAUGAGAUUGACGCGUAUGCGAGACACACGUAUAGAGUUGGCACACACCUCUACAUGUCGCCAGAACAGCUUCUCUGCCGUCCCUACAGUUACAAAGUGGACAUCUACUCCUUGGGGCUGAUUCUGUUCGAAUUACUACAGCCAUUCGGGACCGAGUCCGAGCGAGUGACGUGCCUCCUAAGAUUGAGAGACGCGCGGUACCCACAUCGUUUCAACGAGGAGUACCCACAGGAGAGCGAAGUCCUAAAACUAAUGCUGAGCGAAGAUCCAUCGCAGAGACCGACCGCUAUGGGAGUAAAAGCGCGCGCGCCGCUUUAUCAACGAACUGACGAACGAUAUCACUUCACGCUGCCUAAUGCGCCCGCUUGACGGUACGUCAACAGUUUUUAAUAUCGACUUUAUUGUCUAAAUAAUACGACUUACUUUCGCGAGAUUGUUGUUCAGGCUAUAAGAUUUAGAUUCUUGUGGUUUGCGACAGAUAACAGAAAUAACAAACAUGUUAUUACUAACGCGCCCGCUUGAUAGUACGUCUGUUUUUAAUAUCGACUUUAUUGUUUAUGUAAUACGACUUACUUUCGCGAGUUUGUUGUUCAGGCUAUAAGGUUUAGAUUCCUGUGGUUUGUGACAGAUAACAGAAAUAAAAAACUUGUUAUUAGGAAGUUCUCGCUGCCUAACGCGCCCGCUUGAUGGUACGUCAGUUUUUAAUAUUGACCUUAUUGUUUACACAAUACGACUUACUUUCGUGAGCUUAUUGUUCAGGCUGUAAGGUUUAGAUUCCUAUGGUUUGUAAAGCCCGGUCCGUGAGCACGUAGCUCUCUCACACUCACUGCGGGCGCCCGUCGCACAGUCGCGACAGCAAUAU